AUGAAAUCCCCAGAGGAGUUUGGGUUUUUCUUACAUGGAGAAAAAUGCGAAUAUGAAUUAAUUCCGAUAAUCGCUACGAUUAAUUGGUCGCGUAGUUGUGUUGGAGAUACCAGGAGUCCUCUCUGCAUUUGGAUGGUGAAUGGUCACGUGGCGAACCCGCGGAAUCACCAACAGAUCACCUGUAACAGCGAGCCACGACCAGCUUAUAUGGACCAGAAAACUAGCAUUCCGCAGAUACACUUCACACCAUAUAUACCACGUUAUCCUCGUCUGAGGUACCUUUCGGGCCUUUCUACUAUACUCCCUGCUUGCUCCACCACAGCAUCAGCUCCCGAGAGCUGGCUUAAUCGUAACUUUUGUUCUGGUAGAUAG